CAGAUUUUCACAACCAAUUCAACUCCCCCUAAUUGCUGCCCAUACCUCCUUUCCUUUGGCGGAUUUGCGCUCUUUCUCGUCGUCGCCGGCGUGUGCGAACCUGAUCCUCCUCUUCCUAUCCGACUACGGGUUCCUCUCCGAUCUCCGCCGUCUAGAACUGUUCUUGCCUUCGGAUUACAGCGCGAGAAUUGUGUUGAUUCCUAGGGUUUCGCAGUUCUAUCUUGAUUUGGUUUUUGAUUAUCCUCUUGCCGAAGAUGUCUAAUUCGAGGAGUAGAGAAUGCGACGACGAGAUUUCGGACCGGGACGAAUUUGAAGAGUCAUCGUCCAUUUCCAGCGGCGUGGAGGCAUCUACAGCUGGAUCUGAUACGGUUUCGCCGGGGAGAAGCGAGAUUGGCCUGACCGAGCGGUUGACGGAGAUUCUCGUGGACGAAGGCGACGGGGAUUUGCUGCUUCAACGAAGUGAUCGGGAGGAUAGGGUCCUGCAGUGGCUACAAGCGCUAGAUAUGCAGGUCAUGGGCGCUUGUCGCGCUGAUGAGAGGUUGAAACCGUUGUUGAAAUCGAAUGCUUCAAUUGGCGCUGCCGAGGAUCGCCUUCUGGCGCAUCUGAGUCAGCACUUUGACGCCUUUGAGGUCGGCAUGCUCGCGAGGUGCUUUUGCAUACCCCUUGUUUCGAUCAGGGUAGGGAAGAUCAACAAACAAGGGAACCUAUUCUACCCUACAUCUGCAAGGUAAUUUUAUUCCCAUGGAUGUCUGCGCUCUUGAUCGAGGCUAGGUGGGUGUGCUUGUAUCCGUAUCUGACAUAAUUUGACGUUUAGGAUUCUAGAUAUGCUUUGGAUUAUUCGCUUAAGCUGUUUGUUUGUCUCCUCGAUCUUAACCUCGGCCAUUGCCAUUCUCGUUAUCUGUUGCAGCAGUUUAGUUUACGAGCCAAGACUGGCGUUGUUUCUUGUUUGCUCAUUAGCUCUACUUAUUCACUCUGUUUUUUGGUUGAUCGUCCAAUUAUUGCUUUUUUCCCAUUUGUGAAGUGCCUGGUAUAGUAGGGAUUUGUUGCACGCUUCUUUAUCCAAUUGUCUGUUAGUAUAUAUCAUAUAUGAUGAACUACGUAUUGUGAUUUACAUCCAAUAUGCCUUCAAUAUUCAUCUGCAGGCGGCGGAUUUAGACCAUUCGUAUUAUUAUUGUUCUGGUCUUAAGGAGAAUGUCAAUUAUUUUCACCGUUACCUGUAAGUUCAUGUAUAUGCAUAUCUUGGGUUACAAACACGAAACACGGGUUGGUUUUUCUUACUGCAUUUCUUAGUAGUUCCAAUACUGGUCAUCGAUUGAAACCUGGCCUUUGGAUUUGGUCCUCAUUAGACACGUAUUUCUCAUGUGCUAUAUGGUUUAUAAUUUAAUAAGAUUAUAAGAAUGGUCAUUUUCUUGUUGUAACGCUUGGCAGUCUUGAGGUUCAUCGCUUGUGUGAUGUGCUGAGUGACUGAAUCCUGCUCUUGCUAGAGUUUUAUAUAUUUGUGAACCAGUUCUAUGUCUAUUUGUCGAUUGUUUGUGCAUAAGAGAGACUGCCGCAGCCACUUGAUACCCUAGUAAGGUUGGUGGUGGUCGAUUGUGUCCCGUUGUAAUAUUGAUUUCAAGUUUUGAUGGCUUGUCGAGAAUUUUAAUAUAUACCUUUGUGGUGUUCUUUGAAAUAGAGGCCCAGACGCUUUCUGUCUGUUCAUGUCCCCCAUUGCCUUAGUGUGCUGUUUGUCUACAGAAUUGUGUUUGUUUUGUUUCUUCAAUCCUAUCUGUCACAUAUAUCUCUAACAAAUGCUUUACAGAAUUGACUUGGGGUUUCCUUAAUGUUUGCAUCAACUUACAGGCAUGUUAUUGUUGGAAGUAGUGUGAAAUUUAUGCAUUCUAACUUAUAUCAACAGUAGUGAUUUCAGGAAUUUGUCUGUUUAUGAUAUCUGUGGUGAAAUUGUUCAUGCUUCCAAGUAAAAUAUCUUUUCACUUGUAGGUAAAGUGGGCGUGUUAUUGAUCUCUGAAUAAUGAGGAAGUAAAGAGGGAAUUUGAGUCUUGCAGUCUUGCCGACGUCUUAUCUGCGACUCUCAUUCAUUGGGGAUGAUGGUAGCACUGAAAGACUAGUUACCCUAAGUGGUAAAUCUAAUUCUGCAGCUGUCGUUGUUGAAGAAAUCCCAACAGACAGUUCUGGCCGAUCUUUCCAAAUAAAAAUUGCUGGCGGGGCAGAUUUUUACUAUUGGUGCUCUGAAAAAUCAAAGCUGUUGGGAAUCGAAUUAAUUGCCAAGAUGAAGGAUAUCCUGAAGAGGAAGCCAUCAAUAGCAGAAUUAACUGGAAUUAGCAACUGGCGCCUCGAUUGCUUCGCAAAUCACAUUCGGUCGUAUCUCAUGGGCCUUAGUAGCAAAGAAUGUACGGUUGCUGGCCCGUUCUCUUUCACCUCGGAUGACUCUUCUUCAGCUUCUACAAGUUCUCAGUCAUUGACGCCCCAGCAGCGUUCCAGACACCUUGGCAGUGGCCAGCCACCAAAGUCCAGCAGCAGCCAUUAUCAAGGAAGCCUCAGCCCGCGGUCAAGUUCCUUCAAGGAUGGUCCAAGCAAAAGCUACGUGUCCUCCUCUUUGAGACGGGAAAAGCUACGACGCCGUGGAGAUAGCAACUUGUCACCACUCGACAAUCUGGUAGUCAGAUUGCCAUCUUCCAUUGAUUCCUCAAAUUCAAGACCUGAAAAUGGCAAGUCCCCUGAAAAUGAAACUCUUGCUGUGGGACUUUCGAGCUUUAACCCAUCACUUCAAAGCUCUACACUGCCACUACCUUCUCUAAGCUCACCCGCCCUCUCGCCUUACUAUUGCUGGUGUCCUCUAAGUGGAUCCCAAUACCCUUCAGCAGAGUCUCGAGAAAUUCCCUUCUCAUCAAUACAGACACCUUUGCUUCCUCCACUUUCUUCCUUGUUGUCUGCCUCCUCCAGUUUGUUAGCACCACUCCCGCAUCUUGGCUUACCGGAAGCUCCAUCGCUUGAUUUCCCAGCCUUGUUCCCCAACCCAUUGGUUCGGCUUCCUAUUCCUACUUCUCAGCAGAUUCCUACCUUCACCCCAUUGAUAUGUGAUCCAAUUGUUCACAUCCCAGCCGUUGACAUUUGCUCGUCUGGUCCAGCAUACCUGGUGAGUGCCGGUCCCACAACAAUCACUGGUACCAUGGCACCAUUUGUAACUUCUUCCGAAUCGGAAGCAGCUUUGGAAACCGGCGCAAGGGAGACGCUUCGCUUGCUCAUCAGUGGUUCGACAGGCACUAAUCCUCAACUAAUGAAUGUGUUGCCUAAUCUCUACACCACCAGUGCUGACGAUGGUAAGAAAACCGGAAUACUUGUGGUUGGCAGCCGAGGACUCUACAGUAGGGACAGUGACAUUGAUUCAAUUGCUAGUAAUAUGGCCACAUUAGGCUUCCUCUCCUUGUCCCAGAGCACAAUGGGAGAUGGUAUUGCAAAUGAAUUGGAUGAUGCGUGCGAGAAUAUCGAAGUUUUGCAGAGAGAGUCUAAAGGUAUGGAUGAAUCAUCAUGUUCGUGAUAAUAUGAUGCUUAUGUUUCGUUUCAGACCCUCUUUUCUGUUGGGGUUUUGUAGUUGAGCUUUUGCUCCUGGAAAAUGAAAAGCUAUAUGCAUGUAUAUAGUAUAUGUUUGCAGCUGCCUUGGCGUAUCCCAAGUGUAAUUAGUUCCUCCAAGUAUUUGGUUUGCCAUUCUUGUUUAUUGAAGUUUUUGUUGUUAGAAAUGGACGCCUCUGUAAGGUUCCUAUUACCCAUUUCAUACAUGCAUAAGUAAAGGAAAGAGAUGAUACGUAGUUUAGCUUCUGGCUCGAGGUUGAAUCUUCUUGACGAAGUAUCUUUCUGGAUGGGACUAGUGCUUGGAUCAGAUGAACCACGUCAUGAUGCUAAGAAUUUUGAGAGGAAAAUUGUUUCAUUUAUUCUCUUAACUUACAACUAUAUGUUGUGCGACAUGAAUAAAGGUAAGCACUUGGAGCUU